AUGAUUCCAGUUCUUCACCGACGCAUGGAACAGGUCAACCAACUGUCAUUCGAGUAAAUUUACAACUUCUGAGCUUGGACGACAUCAGUGACUCGAGGAUGGAAUACAUAAUCGACACAAGGUUGACUUUUACGUGGAAUGACCUUCGACUGAUGACGCCAGAAUGUCGCGAUGAAAACGAAGACUGCGACGAUCAUUUUGACCUGAAGAGGAAAAUCGGGGAAAUGUGGACACCGGAUCUGUACAUACUGAAUUCCAAAACGGCCAAGCAUCAUGAUCAACCGCUGAGGAAUGGGAUGGUGUAUUUAGUAGCUGACGGCCAAGUUUUUCUCAGCAAAAGAAUCACAAUGACUUUAAGGUGCCCAAUGGAUUUAGUUUUAUACCCCUUAGACACACAAGGAUGUCCACUACUCAUAUGCCCUUAUUCUUUACCCGAAAGUGAGUUGGAAUUAAAGUGGGUGAAGCAAGGUGUUGGAAUCUUGGACGAUACUCAGGAUGGACAAAAUAAAUUUAAACUUUCGUUGCCAGUGUUGACAGGAGAAAUGAAACUUAGAUAUGAAGGCCCAGAUGUAUCUGGAUACUUUUCGUGUGUGAAUGCUACUUUUCGCCUGGUUCGCCAAAAUGGCUACCACAUGGGAUACUCCUACACAGUGACAAGCUUAAUAGUAAUGGUUUCCUGGAUUUCAUUCUGGUUGCCUGUGACUGCAGUGCCAGCUAGAGUCACCCUAGGAAUAACCACCUUGCUGACCUUGCUGACCACAGCUAACUAUGUGCGUUCUGCACUGCCUCCUAUUCCUUACGUCACAGCCAUCGACGUAUGGGUGGGACUUUGCAUCUUGUUCGUAUUCUUAGCUUUGCUGGUUCUUCCUAUUUCCCAUUUCCUGAGCCAAAAAAAUAAAGAGCGCCCAAAAUCCACACAGAAAAAUAAAGUUCAGCUCUUCUAUUCGAAUUCGAAAUGUUCCGAGUGUGGAGGGCGCAAGACGAAUUCAUCAGAUUCAGAGAACAGCAAACCCAGUUUUGACGUGGAUAGCUUGUGUCGAAAAAUAUUUCCUGUAUCAUUCCUCAUUUUAAACAUUGCUUAUUGGUCUUACUACGUUUCUCGAAGUCAGAAGAUGUUCGAGUGCCUGAGGUACAAAUUGUUCGCAAAUCCGGCCGUUAAAGAUUUAUAUGAAGGAGCUAGUUUUCGCAACGAGUUAAAACGCCAUCAGACUAAGCAGAUCCAUUUUAAAAAGCAGUAA